UCUCAAUCAACACAACGCUGUAGAUGUUUAUAUCGUUUUAAUAUGCAUGUUCAAAGUUAACGGUUGGACGAAGUGGCUAAUAAAAACGAAAUUUUCAGCUUCACGAACAAAAGAAAGAAAUUUAUGGUCUACUAAAAGUCUGCGGGCACGAUCACGACUCUCUGACGAAGGUCGUCAAAUGCGUCAUAUCGAAGUCACCAGUAAUAAAAUCAGCGAUGAUGGGAAUCACAGGGAAACUGAUUGAUGGUAUACUGGAUUUAUCAAAACUAAUGGCUCACGGAACAAUGCACGAAGCUUGCCUCAUAGAAGUUAUUAAAACUAUAGAAGACGAAGCAAUGGAUUUAGUUAAAAAUGUAAGGAAAUGUGCUUUUGAAAAUAAUACGGAAUUCGAUAAUUACAUAAUUGAAAAUAACGCUACUAUUCUUGAUAUAACUAAUACUGCUCGUGAAAGGGAUACUAAAAAUAAAACUAGCGUCAAAGAAAUGCAAGAAGUUAUAAGGAAAAUGUUGAAUGAAAACAACGAUAACGGCAUAGAUGAACGAUUUAAGAAAAAAUUGUUUAAUCUGCAAAAUGAUUUGAACGCUGUUGACGCGAAUGCUAAUAUUAUCGAUGUGGCUAACGAUAUGAAAAAUAUUGAUUAGUCAUUGAACGCUUUGAUGUAAUAAAAAUAUAUAAAAAUAAGAGUUA